AUGGACGACGCCGUUCUCGCCGACAGUGCCAGAGCCCAUCCUUUUAGUUUAUUUUGCGGCGGCAGUUCAUACUGUCCGAGUGCACCCCCCCCCCCCCCCCCGUUUUUUUCCAGAUCUGGAACCUGUGCCUUGGCCCCUGGCACCCGUUUCCUGCACCCGGCCGUGUCUCGCACAGCUGACGUUCAGCACCUGUCUUUCGUCCAGCAGCUGAUCGUGUCUUCACUUCUGUUCCUGCCUCAUUGCUAUUGUGUCCUGGUGAAUGAAGCUGCCUGCAAUCCCCACCCUGCAGAACGUCCACUGCACUCCGCAUCCUUUAGUGCCAGACGCACGCGACGGAUUUUCCUGCACCCGGCCGUGUCUCGCACAGAUGACGUUCAGCACCUGUCUGUCGUCCAGCAGCUGAUCGUGUCUUCACUUCUGUUCCUGCCUCACUGCUGUUGUGUCCUGGUGAAUGAAGCUGCCUGCAAUCCCCGCCCUGCAGAACGUCCACUGCACUCCGCAUCCUUUAGUGCCAGACGCACGCGACGGAUUUUCCUGCACCCGGCCGUGUCUCGCACAGAUGACGUUCAGCACCUGUCUGUCGUCCAGCAGCUGAUCGUGUCUUCACUUCUGUUCCUGCCUCACUGCUGUUGUGUCCUGGUGAAUGAAGCUGCCUGCAAUCCCCGCCCUGCAGAACGUCCACUGCACGGCGUGUCUCGUGCAGAUGACGUUCAGCACCUGUCUGUCGUCCAACAGCUGAUCGUGUCUUCCCUUCUGUUCCUGCCUCACUGCUAUUGUGUCCUGGUGAAUGAAGCUGCCUGCAAUCCCCGCCCUGCAGAACGUCCACUGCACUCUGCAGCCCUAUAUCUGUUGCCCAUCAAGGUCUGUCCCACCAGCGUAGCAGGCAAUGACACCAAGUGCAGAUCGCAUGGACGCAGGCGUUGCUCUCGCCACUCAUCACAUUGCUGCUCCCGAAGACGUCGUGCUGCAGGAAACGUUCUUCGCUGCCUCGACGAGGCCACACAACUAUUAAGUCCCAAGAAACAGCGCGAUGUCGCGUGACAUGAAUGAUCAUCUAACAUCCCGGUUGGAGUUGUUCGUUCCACCCUGUAGCAGUGCGACGGCCACUCGAUGAAGUCGCACGUUAUUUAAUGGCUGUGACCGUAUAUGGGUACAGAAAAAUCCCAGGUAACAUGCUGUUCUAGUUCGUAGUGGUACACUGAUCAAACUCUAGCAUUGGGUUGAUCUGGGGAUUCUUGCUUCUUACAUUCAUUGACAUUCUAUGCUUUUGUAAUUUUACACUGAU